AACAUAACAUUAAUUUAAAAAAAACACCACGCAAAUAUACCACUACCGAAAUUAUUAUCUAAACUCAGUAUAAACCGGCCUCAAAACUGUGCAAGCGAGAGGCUCCGACUACGAUCGCCAAGCGACGCUCCGAUGCGCGAGUUCCCGACGCUCGCUAGCCAACAAUACACGUGCCUAUCAAACAAAAUGUUCCACGAACGACAAGAUAUCAAACUAAUCCGCUUAGUUAAAGAACAACCAAUAUUGUACGAUGUUAAUCAUUCAAAAUAUAUGGACUUUAAUACCAGGGAAGUCGCGUGGCAGAAGAUAGGAGACGAGCUACAGAAGUCCGGCAGUGAUUGCAAAAUACGUUGGGUAAACAUAAGAGAUGUGCACAGACGUAUUUUAAAGAAGAAUUUAUCCGACCCCGUCCACCCGCCGCGCAGGUACAAAUAUGACAAUGAAAUGGUAUUCAUGAAGCCGUUUUAUAAAGACGUGGUGAUUCUAUCCAUGGAUGAUGAUGAUGAUGAUGAUGAUGAUGAACAGUCAGACGACUGGCAGAAGUCGAUCACUGAGAUAGCCGGGGUUGGAGCUGGACCUGAAGAUGAUGAGGACGAAGACUUGGAGACAGUUCCUAAAAAGAAAGCUAAAGCAGCAAAACCAAGGUCCAAGAAGAAAAAAGAAGUUAAUCAAUCAGCGUUUGAAGAAGUUAAUCAGACAAUGCCGAGUUUCAGUGAGGCUCAGCCGUCAGAACUCGACCCUGCAGACCCUGUUGAUGCGUUUUUGUUAAGCAUUGGUUCGACAUUAAAAACUUUUUCGCCGUAUCAUUUGAAUGUAGCUAAAAGUAAGAUAUUUGCGGUCGUACAAGAUCAUGAUUUGCAGCAAAUAGUUGAGAAGAGACAAGGGAACUCUGAAAAAGUGACUACGAGUGAUGCUUUGUUUGAUCAAUAAAUGAAGAUGUUAAUGUGUUUUAUAAACGUGUGAGAUUACUGAGGUUGACGUUAUUAGUUAAGCAAACGACUCUAAACUGUUGUGUGUUAAAAUAAGUCUAAGCUUAAGAUACUCAGUAUUUUAAACCGACUCUAAAAAAGGGAGGUUUUCGGCUGUUUUAUUUUUUUAAUAAUUUCAUACGUUAUUGUGUUUCCAUUUUUUGAAUUGAAUUUGUCUCUUUCUUUGUAUUUCGUGUUCUUGGAUUGAAAAUGAUAAUUCAUAUUUAACAUUGUUUUUUCUUUGUAAACUAUUUUUUUUAAUCUAAAACACUACUUGGUUAUCAUAUACGCGGAUAACUGUCGAGUUUCCAUAGUAGUAUCGAGUCGUGAGCGUCGGUCGAUAACUCACACACACAGCGGCAGCGUCGCGUGGCCUCCUCGGAACAUCCGCACACUAUGCGACACGAGACGACUGGCUGCCGAUUUUUUUGUCGCAAUCAAAUGUUUUUGUCAUAUAAUUUUUGUUUUGUAAAAAACAUAAUCUUUCUUGACGCGAACUACCUAUAUUUACAAUCUAAAAAUGAUACUUAGUAUUUCAUAUCAUAAAGGAUUCCAUUUUUGUUGUAGGUAGUAUGUUUCAGGUAAAUAAUUAUGUAAUGGUAUGUUUUUCGUUAUGGUCUGUAUUUUGAUUAAGGUAAAUGAUUGUGAUGCGAAUGGUGUUUGUUGAUUCAAGUAAAAUAAGAGAUUAUUUUUCUUUAAAAUAAAGAUUUGACAUUUU